AUGGGAAAUUAUACUAGCACAGUGGCGUCGGGCGCCUCGGAUGGCGACUCACCAGAGAUGAAGCAGUAUCUCAGCCAACUACCAUCGAAGAACUUGGAGCCUCUUUGGUCACAGAUGAGCAUGAUGGUGCCGCCGACGCCAAACCCCACAGCAAAGCCUCAUAUGUGGACAUACAAAGAAGCCUUGCCUCAUUUAGAGACAGCCGCCAAAUUGGUGCCAGAAGAAAAGGCUGAACGGAGAGUCUUGAUGCUAGUGAACCCAAGCAUGCAAUCACCAUACACAACAGAUACUAUUUAUGGAGGUCUUCAGAUCGUCAAUCCUGGCGAGACAGCGCCAGCACAUAGACAUCUUGCCUUCGCAGCUCGCUUCAUCAUCGAUGGUGAAGGUUUCACAGCUGUUGAGGGCAAGAAGAUGCCCCUCGUCAGAGGUGAUGUUGUCAUCACACCAAUCUGGCACUGGCAUGACCAUGGAAACGAGAGUGAUAAGCCAGUCGUCUGGCUAGAUAUGUUGAACCUACCUUUGUUCCGCUUUGCUCCAGUUCACUUUGCCGAGGGCUAUUCUGACCCACGCUAUCCCAGCGAACAUUGCGACCCAUGCGAGUUCCGUUUCCCAUGGGCUCCCGUUGAGGAAGAACUCAACGCUGACAAGAGCGACUACUCUACCUAUCACUAUAAGCUCUCAAAUGGAAAGCCUUUAUCAACAUUCCUCGGCGUUCAGGCCGAGAGACUGGGCCCUGGUGCCACGGCGGAAUCACAAGAAAGCCAGUCCUAUCUUUAUCACUGCUAUGAAGGAAAGGGUCGCACUGAACUUGUGACGCCGACGGGGGAGACGAUGACGUUCAAGUGGGAGGCACGCGAUACUUUUGCUGUACCCUCAUGGUGCAAGGUUAAGCAUAUUAAUGAGUCUACCACGGAGCAAGCAUACCUGGUGGCUUGUCACGAUGGUCCAUUCCUUGAAUGUUUGGGUAUUCAACGAAGAAAGUAG